AUGGAUGACAUACUUGGAACUGUGGAUUUAGGUGUCUCAACUGAUAGUGAAGCAAUGGAGCAGGAGCUAAGACUUGAAAGUGAGCAACAACUUAAUCAAACCUUAAACGAGGAGAUGAAGAAGGAGGAGAGAGAGCAACGACUCGCAGUGAAGAGAGUACGACAGGAUGAUGAAGAAAUAGUGGAAGAAGACGGAUUUGUUACAGUAAUUAGAGGGCAUAAGCGGUUGAAUAGAAAUGAUUCAAAUAAUGAUAAUUUAGUGGAGGAGGGUCAUCAAGAUUCUGAGGCGAAGAAAUAUAUUAUUAUAUGUGUGACAGGAAAAGAAGUAUUACAGAAACAAUGUGGAAUGGCAAAGCUUUUACGGUCGUUAAACAUUGAAAAUAUAGUGAAGAUGAUAUACAAAAGCGCUUACAGAGUGUUGAUUCAUUUUGAAAAGGAAGAAAGUGCAGUGAAACUACUAAAAAGUGAAAAGUUAUCCAGUUUAGGAUAA